AUGUCAGAAUCUGGCCUCGAGACACUUACCUUUCCUCGUCGACGACGAAUCAACAGUUUAGCGGUAAUUAAGAAUCAACUUCUUGAACAAUUGAAUUAUGGUUUGGCUAAAUUACGAGGAUCACCAUUGAAUCGCAAUAGAGGCUCAUCAUCACUCGCUGAGGUCGAAGAGUUAUUGACCACUCCUGAUAUGGAUUCUCUUGAUUUGGGUUUACCCUCUGAGAGUCUUAAUCGAACUCUUGCUCGAUUUACAAUUGAUCCCGUUCGUCGUGAACAAUUGAUCGACAAGGAGAUCGAAGUUCUCAAAAACGAGGAAGUUUAUCUAACUGGAUGUUUAGCCGAUAUCGACGCACUGGUCACUCAAAUGGCAAAGGUCGACGAAGAAUUGAAAGAAAAGGAGAAAAGAGAAUUGGAAAGUAAAACUGAAGAAUUUAAUAAUUUUCAACAAAAUGUAAUGGAAAAAAUUGGACAAUUGACCUCGACCAAGGAGAAGAUCGAUGAACAUUUAGCGAUAACAACUCGAUUACGAGAUUGUUUGAAGCGACAAUUAAAGGAAACACGUAAACGUCGUAGUCUCCUCAAGGAUAAUCUAUUUGGUCAUGUCAAGGAAAUCGACAAAUUGAACAGAAAAUUGGUGAAAGAGGCCGAUCAAUACCAAAGAGAUGUGGCCUAUUUGGAAGAGACAUUUAAAAAUGUCCGUCUUGGCGAUAAAACCUUGCUCGAAGAUUACAAGGCCAAGGAGAGAUUACUCACUAAAGAAUUGGAGGAACGAAUGGUAAUUCGUAAGUCAUUGGAAGAAUCUAAAUUAGUUGAUUUAAGAAUUGAAGAGAAUGAGCUAAUUGGUGAGAAGAUUGAUCAAAAUGGAAGCCUAAUCGAAGAGGAAGAUCAGGACGAAGAGGAACAAGAAGAAGAGGAAGAGCAAGAGGAAGUCGUUAUUGGGGAACAAAUCGACGAAAUCGAGGAAAACAAGGUAAUCGAAAAUGAAGAAGAAGAAGAGAUUGAAGAGAUUGGAGAGGUUCUAGAGACCGUAGAGAUCGGAGAUAUCGGUGAACAUGAAGAGGUGGAAGAAAACACUUCGAAAAGUGGUACUGAAAACACCGAAGAAAUUGUCGAAAAAAAUGAAACGGAAGACCAAAUCUCGAAACCAAAGACUGAAUCAACUCAAGAAUCUGAUAGUGAAUCUGGUAAAGAAUCAGAAAAAGAUUCAGACAAAGAAUCAGAGAAACAAUCAACCGAAAAUGAAUCAUAA